AAAAUAGGGAAAAUGUAAUGGGAUGGGGCAGUGGGGAGGAAGGAGAAGAAAUCAGCUUAGAACAAAAGGAGAACAGGCUGAGCUAUAGAGGCUGUUCCACAGGGGCACUGGAACCAGUUGCUAAGCAUUCUGGGAGUGUGGCAUAUAACACACAGGGUUAUUGUGGCUGCUUGCUGUGGGGGGCUAAGAUAAGGUUCUUAGAUAGCAGGGAUGAGACCGGCAGCGCUACUUGAGAGUGACUGAAAGUUGCCCUUCAACAGGAGCCCAAGACAGAGAGAAGCUGCUCCCGUGUCUGCUCCGUCCUGCACGCUCAGCUCUUUGUGUCUGGGAGAGAGAGAGACGAGGAAGGAGGCGAGAAGGGGAGGCAGGAGCAAAUAACGGACUGGGAAGUGGGAAAUUCACAGGAAAUUUAAGAGCAUCCGGCCUCACACAGGGAAGAGGGACACGGUGCAAAGUGACACAGGAAACUCACAGGGGAAAGGGGUGUCGGUGAGUAAUUAUCUCUCAGCUGCAGGCAACAAACGAGCAAUGGUGAUUAUCAAUAGCCUGUGCUGUUAUAUGCCACAUUUACUUGAAAUGAAAACUUGGAUGGAGCAGUAAAGAAGUUGCCUGUUUGGAGUGUAAGGGAGGACGUUUGUAACUUAUAAUCUUAUCACCACUGUGACCUCAGUCUUGUUUUCUUAAGUGUCCUUGUUCUUCCGCAGUCUUUCAUCCACAAAUGUCUUCUACUGCUAACAGGGAGCAGCCAAUUUUUAGCACACGGGCUCAUGUGUUUCAGAUCGACCCAGUCACAAAAAAGAACUGGCUUCCAGCCAGCAAACAUGCAGUCACAAUAUCUUACUUCUACGACGCUUCAAGGAAUGUGUAUCGCAUCAUCAGUGUGGGGGGCACUAAGGCCAUCAUCAACAGUACCAUAACUCCAAACAUGACAUUUACCAAAACCUCGCAGAAGUUCGGACAAUGGGCCGACAGCCGUGCAAACACUGUGUAUGGAUUGGGCUUUGCUUCUGAGCAGAAUUUAUCUCAGUUUGCGGAGAAAUUUCAGGAAGUGAGGGAAGCUGCCCGACUGGCAAGGGAAAGAUCUCAGGACAAGACUGAGCUGACAAACCCUGCACUUAAUAUUACUUCUCAGCAGGUAAUUCCUUGUCCUAUUAUCAGUGCCAAUGGACCAGGGGAUGACAAGUUGUUUCGGAGCCAGAGUGCAGAGAUGGAAUUUAGCACAGAAAGGGAACGUGUCAAGAAGAUGCUCUCUGAAGGCUCAGUGUGCGAAGUUCAGUGGGAAUCCGAGUUUUUCAGCCUCCAAGAUAAUAACAACAAGUUGGUGGCAGCACUUCAAGAAGCUAAUGCCAAUGUAGAAAAAUGGAAGAAGCAGCUGGCAGCAUAUCAGGAGGAGGCGGCAAUGCUACGACAACGGGUAGCAGAGCUUGAAUCUCAGACACUGAAAGAGACUAAUGAAGAACCUGGGGAUGAACUGGCCUCAAGACUGAAAGACUUGGAGGUCCUUCUCAAAGCUAAGGAGGAGGAAAUUCUUUUAUUGAAGGAACAGAGGCCUGAUCUAAUGGAACUGGAGAGUGAGAGAGACAAACUGCUUCAGAGGCUGCAGGAGCUUGAAGAGAGAAACCAAGACAUGGAAAAGGAACUAGAGAGGUCAGAGCAGAGCCUCAGGGACUCCCAGUCAGAAAGAGAUAGAGUUCGAGAAGAGAUUAGCAAAGCUGGAGAAGAUCUUGAUGUGAAGAUAUGUCAACUGAAUGAGUUGCGUAUUGGACUUGUUAAACUUCUAGAAAGCAACUGAAAGGGAACAAUCCAGUUACACUUGGAAAUAAUUUAUACUGCUCUUAUGCUCUUGGAAGAAUUCAGGCUGGUGAUCUGGGAGCUGACAUAGACUAAUGAGGACGUUUAGCAGUAUUUUUUCAGUUCAUUGUAUUCACAGGUUCUAUGUCGAUCAAUGGUAUUUUUCUAGCUCAGUUUGCUCUUUUCAUAGCAAAUCCUGUUCUCUUCCACUUCAGAGGUCAACAGCUGUACCACCCUUUGUUGUGAACAUUACAUCUCAAUGCUGCAUUUUUCAGCCAGGAGCACAAGCCAUUGGAAUAAACCAAAAGAAAUAUGUGGGACAGGUAGCUGGAAGUAGGUAACGGCUGCUUACUCCUUACCCACUGUGAUGCAGAGAUAAGCCCAUUGUCUCUUUCUGUUUUAUUAAACCGCUUUAUAUGUUAUAUUACCCAUUCACAUCAUGCAGCUGUGUAACUGCCUUAAUAGAUGGCAGCCGUACUGUCAUUUUAAGUAUAGGAACAAAAAGUUAUGAUGUUAGUCCAAUGUAAAUCUGUUAGUUAUAAAAUGGUACUUUUCUACAUGUAUAAUCUGAACAGCAGUGGAACUGUAUAUCAUAUCAAGGGACACAGUCCCCCACAGUAUUAAUCAAACUAUGGCUGCUUGUUAAAUACAAGAUGCCAACCAGUUGAUAAAGAAGCAAAAAAUUUGUCAUAUUUAGCUCUCACUUCUAAUAGAAAAGUUACUUUUUAACCCAAACAUUGUUUGUGGGUACAUUAUGAAAUACCCACGACCCCUUAUAUUUUUGGUUUGAAUUGUUAUAAUACUAAUACAUAUGCAGAACAAUUUGAACACUGGCUGCUUAUCUGAUCAGCUAAUUAUUGCUGCCAUCAUCCUGUCUUUAAGCACACUGACGAAUGUAUGUAUGUUUGUAUGUAUGUGUAUAUAUAUAUAUAUAUAUAUAUAUAUGUAUGUGUGUGUGUGUACACACACACACACACACACACACACACACACACACGCUGUCAGCUGAUCUGUCAACUCACUCCCAUUCUGGUAAAUAAACAAUCUCAAGGACAUUAGCCUUUUGAUCCUAUAUUUUAGUAAGAAGAGGCAGUGAGAAUCUCUAAGACCAUGAUUACAUGGUUAGUUGCUUUGACUCAAAAGCCUGCACCAACAUAAAAUAAAACCGAGACGCCAGUGGAAAGGAUUAGUAAACUGAAGAACAACUGUAAGCUUUAAAGGUUAUGUGGGUCCCUUUGUCAAGGAAGAACCUUACCAGUGUAUUAUAUUUGUUGACAGUGAGGUCAUAGAAUCUUAUUUGCAGUAUAAUUUUCCUGUGUAGUUAAAACAUGCCCUCUUGUUA